AUGUUAAUUUGGUUUGACUUUAAGGUGAUACUGGGUGGUGGCAGAAGACACUGGUUACCAAAAGUAGCACAAGAUCCAGAACAACCCACUGACGAGGGUAGACGAUUGGACGGCCGGAAUUUGAUAGACGAUUGGAUUAGAGACAAAAAGAAACGAAACAUUAAAGCCGAAUACGUAUGGAAUAAUAGUCAGUUGGACAAAAUCGAUGCGAAAAAUGUUGAUUAUCUUUUAGGUUUGUUUGCGUAUUCGCACAUGGAGUUCGAGGUGGACCGAGACAAAGGACAAAACGGCGACCCACCCCUAAGCGAGAUGGCCGUCAAAGCGUUAUCUAUACUCCAGAAGAACAACAAAGGAUUUUUUCUGUUUGUUGAAAGUGGCCGCAUCGACCACGCGCAUCAUUACAACAAUCCUUACAGGGCGUUAGAGGAAACGCUUGUGCUGGAGUCCACGCUGGAAGCCAUUAUGUCUAAGGUAGACUUGUCAGAUACACUCAUCGUUGUCACAGCGGAUCAUUCGCAUGUAAUGACAAUGGGAGGAUUGGCAACUCCUCGGGGCAACGACAUAUUGGGUACGUGCAAUUUCAUCCCUACUCAAUAUUGUGCUACACUAAGCAAUAUAAUAUAA